AUGUCUGAAGAAAAAACAGGAGGAUUUCCAAAAACUGUUUUUGUAAAGAGACUUCCUGAAGACUAUACAAUGACAGAAGUUGCUGAAUUAGCAGUUCAAUAUGGACAAAUAAUGGAAAUGACCAGAAUGGACGAUGGAGCACUACUAAUUCGUUUCGAAGAAUCAGAUAGUGCAAAAGGAUUCACAGAUGCUGCGUCAGGAAAGAAAGGAAAGGUACUUAAAAUUAGAGAUUCUCAGAUAUAUGUUAUUCCUAAGAGAAACAGAAAGAAUUCAACUGAAAAUGCAAACGCAAAGCAGCAAUCUAAGCCAAGGAAAUAG